AUGGAGGACGAGAACUUGACUCAAGCCCGUGCGUCCACUCGAUCGCGCAUCCCGUAUCCUGGCCUGCGCGAGAUGAACCCGGCGACGACCAAUUCUCGGUCGGGUAUUCUGCCACCGGGUUCCAUCGCCAACAAGGGCAGCGUGUCACGUACGAACCACCGCUCAAACGUUAUAACGAAAGGUUUACUGAUGACACUCGCAGCCACUCGUCCCAAGUCUACCAUUCCUCCCGAACCGAAGAAAUCAGCAUCCGUUUCCCGCUCAGGGGCCGGCGCAACCAAGGCGCACACCCGCGGCAACUCAUUGGCUUCGUCCACCACAUCCCGAAUCGGCUCGACAACCUCUCGCUCGAUCAAUGGCAAUUUUUCUAAUACUAUGGGCUAUAACCGCCCAGCGUCCGCUAUGUCUCGUCCCAAUUCGUCCCUGAGUGCUCGCAAACCCAAUGGCGCCGCCGUCCCGCGCCCCGCCACCUCGUUAGAUACCCAUGCCGAAGAUGGAGCCAGUGUACUCGGAAAACGAAAGGGUAUGCAACCAUUUCCUUCUUCUCCUAGUCGCUCCUUUUCUUGCCCUGUUGGAGAUCCUAAGGAACCGCACCGAAGCGCCACUUGGAGUGAAGCACGUCAGCGGGUGCCGAAAGAAGCCCCUGGUAGAUAUGCAGAUCUAUCAUAUAGCGCUUUUCGGAGUGAUAACCCAGGAUCCAAGACCAACCCAUGCUUCCCGAACCCCAAGAAUUUGGACUCCAAAGCACCUACCCCAGCGAGACCGGUGCGGCAAACAAGGGUUCCCAUUCCCAGCCCAACCAGGUCUUGCAGAACACCCUCCUACUCACCAGGUCCAACACCCAAGAAGCCCCCAGUCCCUCUAUUUCUUUCCAAAAACUCUACGAUUAAGAUUUUUGACCAUCCCACAGGUGCCGAGUGGAACCAAGAGCGCAAGGAAAUGGACAUGGAAAACAUGCUGAACCAAUUCAUGGCAAAAAUAAAUGAGCAAGGCCAGCAAAGCUCUGGUCUGAAAGACAGUGUUGAGCUCUACAAGUCGAGAAUUAACGAGCUGGAAAGCUCUCGCGACAAAUUGACCGAAGCCAAUGUGUCUCUCCGCUACGAGACAGAUGCAUUGAAGAACCAACUGGCUGCUGCAGAGGCUGCAUUGAAAGAUGCUAGACGCGAACAAGAAAUUGCCAUGGACGACCUCGACCGGCGUCAGCGCAUUGAGAUGGAAACUAUCAAUCAGGAAAGCAAAAGUGCGAUUGAAAUCCUCAAAGCUCGUCACCAAGAUGAGAUGCAACAGCUGAGGCGCAAGUUUGAGCGCGAAAUUGAAGAUGAGAAAGCCGCUCGCGUCCGGGAGCUUGGGCAGCUUACUUCAAAGUCGGCCCUGGACAUCCAAAAGUCCGAGAUCGAAUUGGAAAAGAAAAAUCGCGAAAUAACCAUGAUGAACAAUCAGCUUGCAUCCCUCAAGUCCGACUUGGAGCGCGAGCGAAGGUCCACCCACGACCUUCGACAGAAUCUUGAUACCGUUGGUAGCAACAGUGUGACAUUGGAGUCGACCAUCCGAGCCCUCAAGGCUCGAAUUGAGUUUCUCGAGGGUGGAAGAGAGGAACAGUCUCAGGCCUUUGAACGCUGCAACCAGGAGAUGAUGGAUGCACUGGCCGAGACCGAGGCCACCAAGGAAAAACUACGGAGGGAAGAGACUCUGCGUCGCAAGCUUCACAACCAAGUUCAAGAAUUGAAGGGAAAUAUUCGGGUUUUCUGUCGUGUUCGUCCGUCUCUCAAGAGCGAGCCAGCGUCUGAUAUUGCCCCGAUGCAGUAUCCUGACGAGCUCGAUGACGCCAAGGAGAUCAAUGUCAUGGGCCCAGAGGAGAAGAGCAGCCUCGGAAGCGUCAGUCGCAAGAGUAAUACCUUCUCUUUCGAUCGAGUAUUUGGCCCUUCCGCCAAGAACAGUGAUGUCUUUGAAGAAAUUAGCCAGCUGGUCCAGAGCGCGUUGGAUGGCUAUAAUGUGUGCAUCUUUUGCUACGGUCAGACUGGCAGUGGUAAGACACAUACCAUGUCUUCCCAAGAUGGUAUGAUCCCUCUUGCUGUGCACCAGAUUUACGAGUCUGCUCAAAGCCUGGAAGAGAAGGGCUGGCGGUACAAGAUGGCGGGAAACUUCGUCGAGGUCUACAAUGAGAACCUGAACGACCUGCUAGGCAACCCCGAUGAACUAGACAAGAAGAAGCAUGAGAUUCGCCACGACAUGCAACGUGGCAAGACCACCAUCACCGACAUCAACACCGUCGACCUAGACUCCCCGGAGAUGGUCGAGUCUAUCCUUAAAAACGCGGCCGCUAACCGUUCUGUGGCUGCCACCAAGGCUAACGAGCGCUCCUCGCGGUCUCACUCCGUCUUUAUCCUCAAGCUGACCGGCGAGAACCACAUCACCGGCGAGCGCAGUGAAGGCACCCUCAACCUGGUUGAUCUUGCUGGAAGUGAGCGUCUGAGCCACAGUGGGGCGACUGGUGAGCGUCUCAAAGAAACCCAGAACAUCAACCGCAGUCUCAGCUCCCUCGGUGAUGUGAUUGCUGCCCUCGGUCAGGGCAAGGAGGGUGGCCACAUCCCGUACCGAAACAGCAAGCUUACCUACCUCCUCCAAUUCUCGCUGGGCGGCAACUCCAAGACCCUGAUGUUUGUCAUGGUCAGCCCACUUCAGGCACACCUGUCCGAGACCUUGACCAGCUUGAAGUUUGCCACGAAGGUGCACAACACCCACAUCGGCACUGCUAAGCGACAGGCGCGCGUUCGCGACACUUGAAUAUGAUGAUACCUCUCU